GUUUGAUAAAAAUAAUAGUAAAUAUAAUUUGAGAAUAUAUAAAAUAUAAAAUCAUGCAUCCUAUUUAAACAUAUUAAUUAUCACGUAGCACAUAAUACUAAUAGGAUAGUCCUAAUUAGAUGGACAUUGAGAAUUACCUUGUCACGCGAUCCUAGACAAAGUACGCUCCUAAUAAUCUCUGUUUACGAAUCCGCUGUCUUUAAUAUCGAAAUCUUGCGUUUUCUUGACUUAAUUUUAAGCAAAUAGGAGAUGGAGGAAGUAGUUUGUAGGAGAAAAAGGAAGUGUGAGUAAUAAUGUGAAUGAAUUAAGGGUAAUUGGUUUAAUUUAUAGUAGGUAAGUGAGGUUAGUUUUAAGAUUUAGAAGGAGAAGUGGGAAGUUAUUUGUUAAUGGGGAGUUAUUUUUUUUUAUUAUUAUUUUUAAAAUUUCUGAAAUUUAUUUAUUUAUUUAUUAUUAUUAUUAAUUUUUAAAGUGUGAAUUGUAGCCUUUAAAAAAUGGUAAUUAUGACCUAUCUCUGGCGCCGAGUCAAUUUUCCAAAAACUUCUCCACACUUUGUGUAGGUCCUGUCAGGAUAUUUAGUGUCAUAAAAUCUCCUUACUCUAGUCAAAUUGCUCACAUAUGCACUGUGGUGUUACCACCAAGGAUACAAAGGGUCUUUUUGAGCCUAUCAUGUGGUCUUUUUGUUGUCAUUCAUAAAUUUCUAGGGCACGUAGUGACCCAAUGAGAAUUGUAAUAUUUCAUUCUUACAUUGUCAUGAAAUUUUUAAAAACACCCCGUAAGCAUGAAUUAGCCUUUGAAAUGGGGUAAUUAUGAGCUAUCUCGGGCGUCAGCUUAGAAUUUUUCAAAACUUUUCCUAAACUCUCUAUAGGUCCUCUCGAUAUAGUUUGGUUCAGAAAAUCUCUUUACUUUAGUCAAAUUACUCAUAUGCAAUAUGGUGUAACUUUCAAGGCAUAUAAAGGGUCUUUUUGAGCUCAUCAUGAGGAAUUACGUGUUGCACUCAUGGUACAUAAAGCAGCAAUUCGUUUUAGCGAUGCUGGUAGGACUGAACAUAAGCUUUCAAAAGAAACUCAAGAGGCCGGAUUUGGAAUCGAAGCUGAUGAAUUGGCAUCAAUUGUCCGUGGCCAUGAUACAAACGGCUUUAAUACGCAUGGGGGGGUAAAAGGAAUCGCAGAAAAAUUAUCCACAAAACUCAAAUAUGGGAUCACAUCGAGUGAUCUAUGUCUUAGACAAAAACACUAUGGACUUAACAGAUACACUGAGAAGCCUCCCAGAGGGUUUUGGACGUUUGUCUGGGAUGCAUUACAAGACUUGACAUUAAUAAUUCUAAUGGUGUGUGCUGUAGUAUCAGUAGGGGUAGGAAUUGCUACAGAAGGUUUGCCGAAAGGCAUGUAUGAUGGGGUGGGAAUUUUAUUAAGUAUUUUUCUGGUUGUUAUUGUAACUGCUGUUAGUGACUAUAAACAGUCAUUGCAAUUCAUAGCUCUUGAUAAAGAGAAGAAGAAGAAAUUUGUUCAGGUGACAAGAGAUGGCCAUAGACAGAAGGUAUUUAUUUAUGAUUUAGUCGUUGGAGAUAUUGUAAAUUUGUCUACUGGAGAUGUCGUGCCUGCGGAUGGAAUCUUUGUGUCCGGUUAUAACUUGUUAAUUGAUGAGUCGAGUUUAACAGGUGAGAGCGAACCUCUCCACGUAAACCAUGAAAGGCCUUUUCUUUUAGGUGGAACGAAGGUACUAGAUGGAUCAGCUACAAUGCUUGUGACUGCUGUUGGUAUGAAGACUGAAUGGGGUAAAUUGAUGGAGACCCUAAACGAGGGGGAUCAUGAUGAGACACCUUUGCAGGUGAAGCUAAAUGGAGUUGCUACUAUUAUCGGAAAAAUCGGAUUAGUGUUUGGGGUACUAACAUUUUUAGUGUUGGCUAUUAGAUUUCUAGUCAAUAAAUUAGUUCAUGAAGAAUUUACACAUUGGAAUUCAGAAGAUGCAUUGAAGCUCUUAGACUACUUUGCCACUGCAGUAACGAUAAUUGUAGUUGCUGUGCCUGAAGGACUUCCAUUAGCAGUAACAUUAAGCCUGGCCUUUGCAAUGAAGAAAUUAAUGAACGACAAGGCACUGGUAAGGCAUCUUUCUGCUUGUGAAACAAUGGGUUCUGCCUCUUCUAUCUGCACUGAUAAGACCGGGACACUCACUACAAACCAUAUGAUAGUCGACAAGAUUUGGGUAUCUGGAAGAAACACAGAGUUGAAAGGAAAGGAUCUAAAAUCAGAAUUCUCCGAGAGUACCUUAACCGUCCUUUUACAAGUUAUAUUCUUAAAUACUGGUGCAGAAAUGGGGAAGAACAAGGAUGGAAAGACUUCCAUUAUAGGGCAACCAACAGAGUCAGCUUUACUUGAACUUGGAUUGCUUUUGGGGGGUGAUUUCAAUGAGUACCGCCAAAAAUAUCAGAUAAAAAACAUAGAGCCUUUCAAUUCUGUCAGAAGGAAAAUGUCAGUUCUUGUGGCUUUGCCAGGAGGUGGAAUCCGGGCCUUCUGUAAGGGUGCAUCAGAAAUAGUUUUAGGAUCGUGCAAUAGAAUGAUUGAUUGUAAUGGCAAUUCUGUUGAUCUUUCUGAAGAGCACUUGACAACUAUAACUAAUGUUAUAAAUGAUUUUGCAAAUGAAGCUUUAAGAACUUUGUGCCUGGCUUUUAGAGAUAUUGAUGAUGGAGAUGGUGAAAACAACAUUCCUGAAGACGGAUAUACAUUAGUGGCAGUUGUUGGAAUCAAGGAUCCUGUUCGUCCUGGGGUCAUAGAUGCAGUCCGGACGUGUUUAGCUGCUGGAAUCACUGUGCGUAUGGUCACAGGUGAUAACAUUAAUACAGCCAAGGCCAUAGCAAGAGAAUGUGGAAUACUGACUGAUGGCCUUGCCAUAGAAGGAUCAGAGCUUCGUAGUAAGACUCCAGAUGAAAUGAAAGGGGCCUUAUCAAGAAUCCAGGUUAUGGCUCGAUCUCUGCCAUCAGAUAAGCACACAAUGGUGAUGGGCCUGAGAACUCUCGAGGAGGUGGUUGCUGUGACCGGUGAUGGGACCAAUGAUGCACCCGCUUUGCAUGAGUCAGAUAUAGGACUUGCUAUGGGAAUCGCGGGAACAGAGGUUGCGAAGGAAAAUGCAGAUGUCAUAAUAAUGGAUGACAAUUUCACCACCAUUGUGAAUGUGGUCAAAUGGGGGAGAGCUGUUUACGUGAACAUACAAAAAUUUGUACAAUUCCAAUUGACAGUCAAUAUCGUUGCACUAAUGAUCAAUUUUGUUUCUGCCUGUGUUGCCGGGUGUGCUCCAUUGACGACUGUGCAGUUGCUGUGGGUCAACAUGAUUAUGGAUACACUUGGUGCUCUAGCCUUGGCCACGGAACCACCUACUGAUGAGCUUAUGAAAAGGCCUCCUAUUGGGAGACAUGCCAACUUUAUCAGCAAGGCAAUGUGGAGAAAUAUCCUCGGCCACAGUGUAUAUCAGUUCACUGUCCUUGCUGUACUGAACUUUGAUGGAGAACGGCUACUUGGGCUUACUGGCUCGGAUUCUCAGGCUGUUCUGAAUACAGUCAUAUUCAACUCUUUUGUGUUCUGCCAGGUGUUCAAUGAAAUCAACAGUCGUCAAAUAGAGAAAAUAAAUGUCUUUCGCGGCAUAUUCAGCAGCUGGAUAUUCAUUGGCGUGAUAGCCUGUACUGUAGCAUUUCAAGCGAUCAUAGUCGAGUUUUUGGGUUCUUUUGCAAGCACUGUCCCUUUGAGUUGGCAGCUUUGGUUAAUUUGCAUUUUGAUCGGAGGACUUGGUAUGCCUUUGGGCGUCAUCCUAAAGUGCAUUUCAGUCGAGCCAAGUGCUUCUUUGCAACAACAUGAUGGCUAUGAUGCCCUAGCCAGUGGUCCAGAGCAAGUCUAAAAAUGUCUGUCGCGCCAAUUUUGUUUAUGAAGCUCAAUUUCGUCUAUAAAGCCAUGAGACAUAAAACUGCCUAAUGUAUCCUCGAAAGUUGCUUCAAUUCCACAUUUUUGCUUAAACCUAUCAUACCUCAGCAUCUCAGGUGUUCAAGAUUCAUCUUAUAAGUGCAUCACAAUGCGAGAUUUAUGAAGUGAUAUCAUUUUAAACGUAAAGCGAGCUCCUCUAUUGAACGCCUUACGUGCACAUUAUCGUAAUGACUUGUGUGAUCGAAGUUGCCUUGAAUGUGAGUUUUGCUAACAUAUGUCAUUACGUGCACAUUAUUUUGUGAUCAUUUUCUUGUCAAGUUAUAACUUUGAAUGUAAAUAUUCAGAAAACUAACAUCUUCAAAUAUUGUUUGUAGUUCCAAUACUAUUCAAGACAGAUUUACUGCAUGUCUUUAUUUAUUGCGCAAUCUUGAAUGAUAAUAAUUAUCGAUUCGUUA